UAUAUAGUAUAAGCUUCCCUCCAUCCUAAGAUGAAGCGUAUAGCAACAUCAAUAGCUAGGGGAGAAGGAAGAAGGUGGUUGUUAAUGGCCCAACUCUGUGUUCCUCACUCUCUCUCCCCCUUCCCUUCUCGUUUCCAUAAACCCCCCAUUAGACUUGCCUCUCAACGCUCCUCUCUCCCUUCUUUCUCUAUUAGAGCAAUGACAUCCCACAUUGUCGGUUACCCUCGAAUGGGACCCAAGAGGGAGUUAAAGUUUGCAUUGGAAUCUUUCUGGGAAGGUAAAAGCAGCUCUGAUGAUUUGAAACAGGCGGCGUCUGAUCUCAGGGCAUCCAUCUGGAAGCAAAUGGCUGAGGUCGGAAUCAAGUUUAUUCCUAGCAACACAUUUUCAUACUACGAUCAUGUAUUGGACACCACCGCGAUGCUAGGUGCAGUCCCUCCUAGAUAUGGAUGGAACGGUGGUGAGAUUGGUUUUGAUGUUUAUUUCUCGAUGGCAAGGGGUAAUGCCUCUGCUCCUGCUAUGGAAAUGACCAAGUGGUUUGACACCAAUUAUCACUAUAUUGUCCCGGAAUUGGGGCCUGAUGUCAAAUUCUCCUAUGCAUCUCACAAGGCUGUUGAGGAAUACAAUGAGGCCAAAGCUCUCGGAAUUGACACUGUCCCUGUACUUUUAGGCCCUUUAUCUUACAUAUUGCUAUCAAAACCAGCUAAGGGCGUGGAUAAAUCCUUCUCUCUUCUUUCUCUAAUUGAAAAGAUUGUUCCAGUUUACAAGGAAGUUGUUGCUGAACUAAAGGCAGCUGGUGCAACAUGGAUUCAGUUUGAUGAACCCAGCCUUGUGAUGGAUCUUGAGGCGCUUCAACUGCAAAAUUUUACAAAUGCCUACUCAGAGCUAGAAUCAUCUUUUUCUGGCUUGAAUGUUCUUAUUGAAACUUACUUUGCUGAUGUUCCUGUCCAGACGUACAAGGCACUUACUUCAUUAAAAUCUGUAGCUGGUUUUGGAUUUGAUCUAGUCCGUGGAACAAGAACACUUAACUUGUUAAAGAGUGGGUUUCCUCCUGAUAAAUAUUUGUUUGCUGGAGUGGUUGACGGAAGAAAUGUUUGGGCUAAUGAUCUUGCUGCUUCACUUUGUAUACUGCAGGUUCUUGAGGGUAUUAUUGGCAAAGAGAAAGUUGUGGUCUCUACAUCAUGCUCUCUUCUCCACACCGCGGUGGACCUUGUGAAUGAAACUAAAUUGGGAAAAGAGAUCAAGUCCUGGCUUGCAUUUGCAGCACAAAAAGUAGUUGAAGUAAACGCCUUGGCCAAAGCAUUGGUUGGGCAAAAGGAUCAGGCAUUUUUUGCUUCUAAUGCUACAUCUCAUGCUUCAAGAAGGUCCUCUCUUAGAGUGAAAAAUGAUAAUGUGCAGAAGGCUGUUGCUGCCUUGAAGGAUUCUGAUCACCGCCGCGCCACAAGUGUAAGUGCUAGACUGGCUGCUCAGCAGAAGAAGUUGAACCUACCAAUUCUUCCUACCACCACUAUUGGAUCUUUCCCCCAAACCGGUGAACUUAGAAAAGUGCGUCGUGAGUACAAGGCUAAAAAGAUCAAUGACUAUGAUUAUGUUAAUGCCAUGAAGGAGGAAAUUAACAAAAUUGUCAAGCUCCAGGAAGAGAUUGGUAUUGAUGUUUUGGUGCAUGGAGAGCCAGAGAGAAAUGACAUGGUUGAGUACUUUGGUGAGCAAUUGUCCGGUUUUGCCUUCACUGUGAAUGGAUGGGUUCAGUCAUAUGGAUCCCGUUGUGUCAAGCCUCCUAUUAUUUAUGGUGAUGUGAGCCGCACCAGGGCCAUGACUGUCUUUUGGUCUACAACGGCUCAGAGUGUGACUAGAUUACCUAUGAAAGGAAUGCUUACUGGCCCUGUUACCAUCUUGAACUGGUCCUUUGUGAGAAACGAUCAGGAGAGGCAUGAAACAUGCUACCAGAUCGCCUUAGCCAUUAAGGAUGAGGUUCAGGAUCUUGAGAGGGCAGGCAUUUCUGUUAUCCAGAUUGAUGAAGCUGCAGUAAGAGAGGGCUUGCCUCUUAGGAAAUCCGAGCAGCCUUUCUAUCUGGGAUGGGCCGUUCAAUCCUUCCGGAUUACUAACUGUGGCGUCAAAGACACUACUCAGAUUCACACACAUAUGUGCUACUCAAACUUCAACGACAUCAUUAACGCAAUUAUAAACAUGGAUGCCGAUGUGAUCACCAUCGAGAACUCGAGAUCCGAUGAAAAGCUUCUAUCGGUCUUCCAAGAGGGAGUCAAAUAUGACGCCGGAAUUGGUCCCGGUGUGUAUGACAUUCAUUCUCCUAGGAUCCCAUCUACCGAAGAAGUUGCUGACCGUAUCAACAAGAUGCUUGAGGUCCUUGAUAGCAAGGUUCUGUGGGUCAAUCCCGACUGUGGGCUCAAGACACGCAAAUACUCCGAAGUGGAGCCUGCUCUUCGCAACAUGGUAGCUGCUGCAAAGCUCGUCCGUGCCAAAUUGGCGAGUGGUAACUGAGUUCAGAGGACACCCUAAUGUCAUCUCGCAAACUUUCAGAUGAGAAAAUAAUCUGGUGGCAGAGCUCGAAUAAUAUUGUCGUAUUUUCGAAAUGAUUUUCAUUGUUCUUUCUUUGAUUAGGAAGGAAGGAGUUGUUAAUGCAUUCACAUCCUGAUGGAAACUGUAAGUCUUUCAUACGAGUAUAUUUUUAUAAAUAUAGGAUGGAA